AGUGCUGCUAUAUUACAGAUUCCAUGUAACAGAAUCAGAAUUUGGGCCGAGUUCCACUAAAGGGAAUUAGAUUGAGCAUUUAUCCAUUUUUAAUGACGUGAGAGCGUUGUAGAUGACUUGCUGAAUGUUUAAUAGCUCAGAAGUAAAUUCUAGUCUCUAAAGUCACUGAGAGUUUAUUCAAUCCGCUACACAAACCUGUAUAACUUUCUUUUUCACUUUGGGAAACAGAUGGAGAUUGCUUUACAUGUCAACGUACCAACUAAUAACGCCUGUCUAGAGUGUGUUGUUCAUUGCUUGUUGAAAUUCCUUGCAUGUUUUAUACCAUCUUUUCCUGUCAUUUAUGGAAAAUGCCUUGCAAGCCAGGUAACUUAUUUUCUUUGACAAGAAUGUCUGAGGGUGAAUAAAAAUAGUUAGGUUUAUAGAAUAAAACCUGAGAUGGCCUAACUCUGUCUUUUCACCAGCUAGAUGCAUUAUGUAUCACUUGCAUAUCAACUUCCCUGAAAGUUAUUUGACACCCAAGCUUUAGACCUGAAGCCAGGCAACCGGGAUGACUUGCAUGCCAGUUAGCAAGGAGACGCACAUCAAGAGGACACCAAACACGGACCAUGGCCUUCAUAGCCAAGACGUUUUAUGACCUGCGUGCUACCAAGCUGGAAGGGGACCCUGUCGAUUUUAACAUCUACCGAGGCCGAGUGGUACUCAUCGAGAAUGUGGCAUCACUAUGAGGCACCACCACCCGGGACUACAGCCAGCUCAACCAGCUCCAGAGCAGGUACCCGCACCGGCUGGUGGUCCUGGCCUUCCCCUGUAAUCAGUUUGGCUACCAGGAAAACUGCAGAAAUGGUGAGAUCCUGGCCUCCCUGAAGCAUGUACGACCAGGUGGAGGGUUUGAGCCGUCGUUCACCAUUUUUGAGAAGUGCGACGUGAACGGGGCUAACACGCAUCCCGUCUUCGCAUACCUCAAAGACAAACUUCCCUACCCUGAUGAUGACCCUGUCUCUCUUAUUCAGGACCCCAAGUUCUUAGUGUGGAGUCCCAUUAGCAGAACUGAUAUUUCUUGGAACUUUGAGAAGUUCCUGAUUGGCCCAGAGGGCGAGCCCUUCAAGAGAUACAGCAAAAACUUUGAGACGAUUAACAUAGAACCUGACAUUCAAAGGCUAUUGAGGCUUACCAAAAACUAAUCAAAGUGCUUCAGCCUGCAUUUAAUUUUCUCACAGGUACCACUGUGCACUCUCUACCUUUUUAUUUUACUUAAUGAAGUUGAUGCUCUAAAUGAACAUAAGGAGUAUUAACCGAGGUGGCGUAAAUAUAAAAAAAAAAAAAGAAAUGUAGAGGAUGUACAGUGAUGAACCGAAAGAAAAGCUUUAAUAAAAUAAAAUAAUUUAAUGUGUUUUCAAACAUUAUUACAUACUCAUACCUGAAUUUAUUCAUGAAGGUAUACUAGAAUGCUGUAUAUUAGGAAUCAUGUACCACACAGUCUAACUCCUAGAUGUUUUGGCAUAUUUAUUCAUCAACAAGUGGUACUCUGCAUGUAGCAAAAAUUACUGAGGUGUGUAUUGGCUCAUUCUGACCAUUAGGUGGUAGUAUUGUUGAACAUUUCAAAUGGGGAACUUCAAUAACCUCUAUUCUUUACUUAAUCUUCACUAAUAAAAAUAGCUUGAGUUGACUAUCA